AUGGUAAUAUUGGCUUCAGUAAGGAUGCUGGUGUUCCCAUUUGAUGUGGAGGAUUUUUUGGGGACAUCAUUGGUGAUACUUCUGCAGGGUCUUGUGAUAACAAUGAUCAAUCACCCAUGUUUCACCUCUGUAGAGGAGAGUGAAGCUGAUGACUACAUCGUAGACCUGAAUCUUGGGAAAACCAGUAUCUCUGAUAUUCGGUCUCUGAGAGAGAUGGCUACUGAUCUAGGGGAAGUGCUUGUCUACCUCCAGAGUCUUUCCUUUGAUGGAUUCACUGCUGUCAAUGCUGCCAUGUCAUAUAACAAUCAGAACUUAUUUUUACUGUGGUUCUCUACAAGGAUCAGGUUUAUUAUACUGGUAAAAUCAGAACCUUGGAAGCUUCCACGGUGCUUAAAGGACCUUAUCCAAAAUGCAGAGGUGAAGCCCGAGCUACAAUACAUUGUCUCCAGUCCUUCCUUUUCUAUGGUAACAGUUCCAAGUGAAGAUAGUGGAAUAACUUGGGAAAUCAGCUCAAGCAGAUGUUCCGCUCCAUGGGCCUCUGAACCCAGUACUACUUCGUAUCUUUAUAGUCUGGAAAGUUCAUCUGUAGGUUGUCCUCCUGGGAAAGUUAUCUUUAUCAUGGAUGAUGGUAAGACUGUCCGGAAAAAGAUAUGUAGAUCAUCCGAUAGGACACUGUUGCAUUCAAACCUGAAGGAAGGCCAGGGUAGUAAAAAGCGUGACUUCUCUGGAAUGCAAGACUUAAGUGUUACCCCAGUAAAUGAUACAGAGUUAAGUGCUGUUGAACCAGAAGCAAAAGCUAUGGAAGUAGAAACUUCAAAAGAUAAAGAAGAUCCAGUAAACAUUACAGAGGAACCAGACCCACUCCUCUCAAAGUCAAUGGGCAAAGAAAAUAAACAAAAGAAGGGAGGGCCAGACCCUGGAGGAUCAAUAUGGGCUAGAAUUCAAAAGUUCAAUUCGAUUACAGAAGAAGCAACACCUCCAAAACUGUUCCGAAAGACACGUAGUAAAGAUCCACCCAUAAUAUCAGAUACGAAAAGAGAACAAAGACAGCGCAAGGGAUUGUUAAAACAAAGCCUUUCUUCCCCCUCUUCAGCGUCUCCUGAAAAAGCCUCUGCUGCUAGGAAAGAUGUUUCACUUCUGAAUAUAAAAUGUGGCCAACUGACUCCUGGAUCUAAGAAGUUUUCAAACUCUAAUGUUCCUCUUGACAAUCCUAUGAAAAAAGAAAUGGAGACUCCAAGUGAGACAUCAGAACAGUCACAGUCCAUUUCACCCUGCUUUACAGAUGAAGGGGAUACGCAGGAAGUUCCCACAUGUUCACCUACAGCCAUAAACUCAAUAUUAGGACCACCAGUGCCUGCUCCAUUAGAUCCUACUGAUAAAGCUGAGAAACAAGAAAUGUGGCCACCUCCAGUUGAGACUAUAAUUGAGACGUCAGACCAGUUGCUGCCUGUUACAUCAUGCCUAACUGAUGAAGUAGGGCAGCAAGAAAUUCAGCCUUAUUCAAUCAUGACCACAGAGCCCAUUUCAGCAGAAUCUGUAACUGAAUCAGAGCAGAAAACAACUCAAGCAUAUUCAUCUGUAGCUCCAGAAUAUGUGUCUGACCAUUCUGUUUCAUUACAUCUUGUGGAGGAGGCAGAAAAGCGAGGAAGUCAGUCUUACUCACCCAUGACUACACAGUCUGAGUCUGAACAUUCAGUUUUAUCUGAAACAAGAAAGCAGGAUGUUGAUCCUUAUUCAUCCACCACUGCAGAAUCAGAGCUGGAUCAUGCAGUUUUAUCCCGUUCUGUGGAUGAAGCGGAGAAGCAAGAAAGUCAGUUUUAUUCACCUCUAACUACACAAUCAGAGUGUGAACAUCCAGAUGUCUCAAAUUCUGCUGAUGAAACAGAGGAGCAAGAGACCACACAGUUGGAGUUUGGAUAUUUAGAGAAGCAAGUUAUUCAGCCCCAUUCCCCUGUAAUCACUCAGUCAGAGUUUGAACAUCCAUAUUUAUCAGAUUCAAUUGAGGAAGCAGAGGAGCAAAAAAUUAAGUCUUAUUCCACUGCAACUCAGCAACUGGCGUCUGAACAGUUAGAUAUAUUGUGCCCUAUUGAUGAAAUGGAAAUACAAAAAAGGCAGUCUGCUUCACAGGUAACUUCAGGGCUGUGUGAGUAUUCCAAUGUAUCCGAUUCCAGUGGCAAAGAAGAGAGAGAAGAAACUGCCCAACUAGAGUCUAAACAUUUGGAGACGCAAGAUUCAGGAUUCCAUUCUCCUGUAACUAAGCAACGGGAACUGGAUGUUCAAAAAUUAACAUGCCUCAAUCAUGAAGCAGAGGAACAAGAAACCACGCAAAUGGAGCCAGAACAGCCAAAUUUAGCACAUUCCAUGAAAAAAACAGAGUAUGGAGAUAUUCAGCCAUGUUUACCUAUAGCACAGUCAGAGUCUGAACAUUUAGACUUAGCUGAAACAGAGUUAGAAGUUAAACCUUAUUCACCCAAAACUACAGCAAUGGAAGAUAAGCAAAAAGUCCAAGCUGAUUUAUUGAGCACAAAAUAUUUGUCAGAACAGUUAAGUGCUCAUUCUCCAAGCCUCAUUGCUGAAAGUAUUCAUCAGGGAAUGCUGCCUGGUGAACAGGAAAUGAUGAACUGGGUUUCAGAAGAGUCAACUACAACUAUUAAGGAAGUGGGUGAACAAAAUAUUCAGUUUAAUUCACUUGCAAAUCUUGAUACAUGGCUGGAAGAGUCAAAGUCUUAUUCGCUUGGUUUCUUUGAUGAAGAAGAGAAACAAGAUAUUCCCUCAUCUUUGCCUGACCUAGUAAGCAUGUUGGUGCAGCAGUCAAAAACCACUUCAGUCAGUUGUAAUGAAGAAACAAACAGACAUGAAAUGGAGCCUUAUUCAGAUGGCACGAAAGAUGUGUCAUUGGAACAAUCAACAGGUGGUUCACCAGACCUUCUUGAUGAAAGAGCGAUGCAAAAGCCUUCUUCAGCUGAAGUGGAUAGCAUCGCUUCAGCAGAGCCAAUAUCCACUUUACUUAGCCCUUUUAUUAAAACACAGAAUCUAGAAAUGCCAUCUUAUUCUGCAGAAGCAGAAGCAACCCAUCCUUCAUUGAAUGUAGAGGAAGCAUCAAAAGAACCUGAACAUGGUCUACAAAGGGAAGAGGAAUUAACACACCAUGUGAAGUCUGAAGUAGAAUGCAAGUGCACUUCAGAACUUGACAGUCAAAAAGAUAUGUUUAAUAUAAUUUCAGAAGGUUACGAAAUACUGAAUAUUCAUGUUCCCCCAGUCAUUUCUUCCAUUGAUCAAGAAGAAAGCAAACACAUGCCUGAUAAGCUGGAAUAUUUGGAAACAAAUACCUUAUCGAAAAGACAGCUAGUUGACUAUAGUGAUGAUACAGUUGCUGGCCCUAAAGCUUCAGUAUGUGGAACGACUACAGAAAUUUCAGAAAGCUCAGUGGCUAGUGACACUGGAAGUAAAGAUAAUGAAGAAAAAGAACCGGUCAAAGAUGAAGAUGCUCCGGAAGCUGUAGAAACAAAAGAGGAAAUUUCAAAAAGGAUAGAAAAUAAUAGUGAGACUGCUUUGAAUCCUAAUAACAGUAGCAUUGAUAUGGAUUAUUUUGAAAAAUAUACUCUGAUUGAUGACAAAUAUCCUACUGAGUCAUCUCCUCAGGAACUACACUCAUUUCCUGCUGGAAUGGAAAGUCCUAAGGAACCAAUGGAGGAAGCUGUCUCUUUAAAUGAAAGAUCUGAUGUUAAUACUUUGGAAGAUGGUUAUUCCCUAUUUAAUUAUCUGGAUGAAGCCUUUUAUGGAACUGUGGAAGAAGACAACAAAAUACAGUCCUGUGCAGAUGUUCAGAAAUCUUUUCCUGAGCAAAAAUCAGUUGACAUUAGCAGUAAAAAAGCUGUAAAUGUAGAAGAUGAACAAAAGUCCGCAGGCACACCCUUGUUUGAUACAGAAGAAGGAGUGUUAGAACGAUCCCUGUUAUUUCCCACAUCAGUCACCAUGAUAAACCCAGAGCUUCUAGAAGAGCCACCUGCUCUCUCAUUUUUAUACAAAGACCUGUAUGAAGAAGCAGUGGGAGAAAACAUAAAAGGUGACAAUGAACCUCUUUCUGACGAAGAAAGUAUGAAUUCUGAUGCAUCGUUUCCUAGUAGGAAUUCUGACACAGAUGAUGGAACUGGAAUAUAUUUUGAAAAAUAUAUUCUUAUAGAUGAUAUUCCAAGUAAUAUGGCUGGGUUUCAGAAGGAGCAAAUUCCAAAAGAUCAGUCUAGUAGCAAAGAUAUUUCAAGCCAAAUGAGAGUUUCAGAGGACAGAAGUGAGGGUGUUUGUGAGGCAGCUGAAAAGGAGUCGCAAUCUGUUCACAUUUCAGCUGAAGAGUCUGCCAAAAUGUCAGAAGGAGAAAUAGUGGAGAGAGAGACAGAUGUAUUGAGAAAAGAAGAAGCCCAGAUUGUUAGUGAUAUUAAAGCAACAAUUUGUAAACCAGCCUAUGCAAUUCCUUUUGGAAACAAACUAAAUAUUUCAGAUGCUAGAAAUGAUGUUACUCAUCAAAGAAGAGAAGAAGAAAAUAUACCUGCAGAAGCUAACCAGAAACUGUCAAGUCAAACAAGUCAUCAAGAGUCCAGUCAAGUAGUAGAUUCUGAGGAAAUUGCCCAUCAAGAUGAAGCAUCUGUGCUAAAUAAAUCAAAGGAAGUAACUUACCUGACAGAUGAGCAGAAAAAGCAACAUGAAAUAACAGUUCACAAAAUGGAUAAUGAUUUACCUCACGGCAGAACACCUGCUGAGGGGAGUAAAGGCAAUCAGUAUGUCCAAGAAAAUCUCUCCCAUCUUGAAACUCUUCAACAAACAGAGAAACUAGAGAAAGAUGGGUUAAUUUCACAUUUAGAUAAGCAACUGCAUCCCAUGACAAGGGAGGCACAUGCUUUAGAGUACAAUCACCUUGAAAAUAUGAACAAAAAAAAAGGCAGAGAAGAAAAUCUAAUAGGCACAGAUGAGCUGACACACAAACAAAGAGGCCAGAGAAAGGUUACAGAUGGUAUAGCACAGCAUGACCUAGGAAUAGCUAAGUGUGGACUUUCAGAACCAGGAGUAAGAUCUGAUUAUGCGUUAAGUGAAUCAGACACACAGCUCUUUCCUUGCAAUCUAGAUAACUUUCAGCCCAAUUCAGGAGCAAAGCAGUGCUUUGGUGCUUAUGAAGAUCUUGCUGAAUCAAUGGAUUAUGAAGUGAUUAACCAAGAAGAAUUGCAAGAUGAAGUGUCCUCUGAAUUGGCACAUGAAGAAUUAUUAUUUGAAGACAGGGAAUCUUUUGAGCAUAUUAGUGAUAGUUAUGAAUCUGUAAACGAGGCAGAGCAAGUUACACCCACUGACCAUGAAGAUUCAGGGUUUGUGAUGAUGGAGCCUGAACAAUCAUCAGCAGACAUACCUGAAAGUGAGAGUCCACAAAAAGAAAUGAAGAAGGCCCAAAUUGAUACCUAUUGCUACCAGUGCAGAUGCACUAUUUCUGCUAUUGACAAGCUUUUUGGGCAGCAUAAAGAGCAUGAUGUGACAUCACUAGACACUGCUGCAAAUGAGAUCAAGGAUCAAUUAGAUGAAUUUUUGGUGGCAUUACAAGAAAAGUCACUGAAAAUUGAGGAAUUUGUUAGUGAGAUAGAAUCCCUAUUUAAUUCUGUUGAGGAAAACUGUAAGAAAAGUGAACGGGUUUUAGAAGAUCAAAAUGAAGACAUGGUUAAGAAAGUGACAGCACAAUAUGACGAGAAGUUAGAGAACUUUGAGGAGGUGAAGAAGAUGAAAAUGGAAUAUCUCUAUGAACAGAUGGUUAACUUUCAACAGAUUAUUGAUGCUGCCAAGGAGGCUUUGGGGACAACUGUAAGGGAAACUGAAGAACUUGAUGAGGCUAGUUUCCUAAAUUCAUCUAAAGAAAUGAAUAAAAGGUUGCUUUCUGCCAUGGAUAAUACUCUCUCUUUAGAAAAGAUGCCCAGCACUUUUUCACUUUUUCAACAUUAUGCUGACAGUCCAGUACAAAGUGAUCAGAAGACCUUAAACCUUGUACCCGUUCCACAGACUCCAAAAUUAAAACCUCAGGAACCAAACUCAGCUACUAGCACAUCCGUAGCAGUCUACUGGACUGUGAAUGAAGGAGACAUUGUUGACUACUUCCAGGUCUACUGCAUGGAGGAACCUCAAACAAACAAAGAGCAAAGUGCCUUGGUGGAAGAAUACAGAGUUACAGUGAAGGAAAGUCACUGUAUCUUGGAAGACCUUGAGCCAGAUCGCUGUUAUAGUGUAUGGGUUAUGGCUGUGAACUACACAGGAUGUAGCUUACCCAGUGACAAAUCUACUUUUAAAACUGCUCCCUCAACCCCAUUAAUAAAGGCAGAGGACUGCACCGUGUGUUGGGACACAGCCACCAUCCGAUGGAGUUCAGCCAACUCAGAAGCAACAGAGUCUUUCACGCUGGAAUACUGCAGACAGUAUUCCCCUGAAGGAGAGGGUCUUAGAUCUUUUGCUGGAAUAAGAAGACCUGAACUGAAAGUUUACCUGCAGCCCAAUGUGAAUUAUUUCUUCUAUGUGAGAGCUGCCAAUGCAUUUGGGACAAGUGAACAAAGUGAAGCUGCCCUCAUUUCAACUAAAGGAACUAGAUUUCACUUUCUCAGUGACACCAUUCAUCCUGCUUUGCAGGUGUUGUCUGAUGAAAUGGUGAUAUGCCUUUCCAAGAAAACUAAAUUCACUGGGAUUCCAUCUGUGCUGGGUGAGCUGCUGCCAGCUCGGGGCCUCCAUUACUGGGAAACCACUACCAGCGCCUGCAGUAGCUACAGGAUUGGAAUCUGCUAUGGCUCCACACCCCGAGGCAGCAUCCUGGGCCUGAGUGACUCGUCUUGGUGCAUAUGUUGCUCUGAAUAUUUCGUCUAUAAAUUCUUCCACAAUGGUAUAAUGAGUACCAUUCAUGUGACAGAACCACCAGCCAGGGUUGGCAUUCUGCUGGAUUAUGAUGUUGGGAGACUUUUAUUCUUCAAUGCAGAGAGAGGACUUGUGCUGUUCUCCAUCAGGCACAAAUUUACUGAGGAUGCUCACCCUGCCUUUGUUCUGGAAAAGGCUGGAGUACUUAAUGUACACACUGGAAUGGAGCUGCCAGGGUUUGUGGAGCACAGCUAACCACUUGUUUUCAAACUGCCUGGAACACAAACAAUUGUUAGAUUUGGGGAGAGGGAGGGAAGAAAGGACAGGACCGGGUUGAGGGAUUUCUGUUUUUCUCUUAAUGAUAUUGUGCACACUUCCCAUACUUGUAGUUAGCACUUGUAUACACAAAUGCCAUGACCACAAGAGUAUAAACUUCCUUUUGUGUAGUGUGUCAUUUGUAAUAUGCAUUGAGUCAUUUCAGGGAAAACAAACAGAUUAGUAUUAAACUUGAACAAUAGGGGUGGAGAGAAGUAAAGUCAGGAACAGGACUUACAGUCGUUACUAAACAGAAAAUAAUCAUGGUACUAGCUGAAUACUUUUAAGCCAGUGAUGGUUGUUUUUAUGAAAUAAGUGUGUAUCACUAAAAUGUCAAGUGACUUUUCAGCAAAAUGACAGCAACUGAACAUUUCUCAGGAAAUAAUAACCAAAAUCCAAGGCAAAUCAUUUCAAGACUUUGAAACUAUUUUUACAGUGGAAACGUUUUAAGGGUUAAUGCAUCUUGUGCUGAUAAAGAGAUGUUUCCCUUCAAAUAUUGAAACCAAGAAAAUGUUGAUUUUUAGCCAUCUGCAUUUCUGCUGAACAGGUGGAAAACUGAAAAAUAACAAUAAUAUAAAUAGUGGGAUAAGAAGGCAAAGAGGUGUUUUAAUUUGGCCAAGCCAGCAGAGUAAGGGAAGCAGAUAAACUCAGGUUUCCCUUGAUCAGUUUAGAUCAGAGAACUGUGUUUCAAUUCACUUUACAAAUUAUUGGGUGGCUUCUUCCACUGCUACUCCAGUGGCCAUAUUCAUUAAUGAUGGUGCCGGUGAAGCCAUGGGAAUAUCAGGCAUGGACUCAUGUGAAGAGAGAGCAAGCAAUGUUGCCUACUCUUUUGGUUUCUACUGAAGGUGGCAUGUGUUUACUCUAACCGGCUCCCUCCUGAUCUCAGUUAAACUACUAUGUCCUCCCUGGAGUUAGUGGAGUUCCUAAUGUCUGAGAGGGGUUGCUUUUAAAGCUAGUAUUUAAAUGAAUUACAAUUAAGACUUCUGUUUUUCCUGGUCAGUCUGCUAUUGUCGUUUAAUUUGUCUAUCAUUUUAACAGCACUAUGCUAGAUGCUUCAGACCACCCUAGCGACACAUGCUUCAUGUCCCAGAGCCUUUAUUUUCUGCUUUUAGGAUAGACAUGAGUAGAGGUAACAAAUAAUAAGGGCUGGAUGAUACAAGGAAGGGUGAGGUGGGAUACUAAGAGCAGACAGUCAUAUAAUUUAAGCCUAUGCAUCUCUUUAUAGUUAAAAUGCCUUUCUUUUCUUUUCUUAUUAAAAAAAGACUAGUACUGAC